GGGCAGGAAGCUGAAGAUCUUGACCAGCACGUGCUCAGGCAGCAGCAGCAGCAGCAGCAGCAUGUACUGUGGUGGCUCCAGCAGCCUCUGGAUCUUGAAGCGGAUCUCCAGGAAGUCGUGUGACACGUGUCGAUCUCAGUGACCUUUGAGGAUGUGGCCGUGAACUUCACCCAGGAGGAGUGGAUUUUGCUGGAUGCUUCCCAGAAGAACCUUUACAGAGAUGUGAUGCUGGAAGUCUUCAGAAACCUGGCUUCUAUAGGAAAGAGAUGGGAUGACAAGAACAUUGAAGAUCAGAUCAAUAAUUCUGGGAGUAAUCUAAGGCACUUCAGAUCUCACUGUGGGCAUGAAUGCUAUAAACAUGAAGAGUGUGAAGAGAAGCCAUGUGAAUUGAAACAAUACAGAAAAUCUCUGGUUUCUCUCAAAAGUGUUCACACACAAAUGUUAACACAAACUGGAGAUGGACCAUAUGAAAGUACAGUAUGUGGAAGAGUCAUCAGUUGUUCCAGUGACAUUCAAAGACAUGAAGAUUCUCAUACUGAGUGCCAACCCUAUGAAUGUCAACAAUGUGGUGAAGCCUUUUCUUCUCUCCCAGCUGUUCAAAGACACAUGAGAACACACAGUGGAGGUAAACCUUUUCAAUGUGAGGUAUGUGGGAAAGCCUUUCAUUCUCCCACAUUAUUUAGAAAACAUGAAAGAACUCAUUCUGGAGAGAAACUCCAUAAAUGUAAACAAGGAGGUAAAACUUUGGUUUCAUUCACAAGUCUUCGAUGUCACAUGAUCAGGCACACUGGGAAAGCACAUUUCAAAUGUAAGGUAUGUGGAAAAGACUUUGCUUAUCCCAGUUUAUUUAGAAUACAUCAGAGAACACAUACUAGAGAGAAACCCUAUGAAUGUCCACAAUGUGGGAAAGCCUUCAGUACUUCAUCUUACCUCCAGAUACACGAAUGGACUCAUACAGGAGAGAAGCCCUUUGAGUAUAAGCGGUGUGGAAAAGCCUUCACUCAGUCUGCUCACCUUCACUCUCAUGAGCAAACUCAUACUGGAGAGAAGCCCUAUAAAUGUCAACAAUGUGGAAAAGCCUACACUACUUCAUCUUACCUUCAGAUACAUGAAAAAAUCCAUGCUGGAGAGAAGCCCAAUGAAUGCCAACAAUGUGGAAAAGUCUUCACUACUUCUUCUAACCUUCACAGACAUGAACGAACUCAUACUAGGGAGAAGCCCUAUGAAUGUAAGCAGUAUGGCAAAGCUUUUACUCAGUCUCCUAACCUUCACUCAAUUGAAAACACUCAUAUGACAGAGAAAUCCUAUGAAUGCCAACAAUGUGGAAAAGUCUUCACUACUUCUUCUAACCUUCACAGACAUGAACGAACUCAUACUAGGGAGAAGCCCUAUGAAUGUAAGCAGUAUGGCAAAGCUUUUACUCAGUCUUCUAACCUUCACUCAAUUGAAAACACUCAUAUGACAGAGAAAUCCUAUGAAUGCCAACAAUGUGGAAAAGUCUUCAGUACUUUUUCUAACCUUCAGAUACAUGAACGGAUUCAUACUGGAGAGAAGCCCUAUGUAUGUAAACUGUGUGGAAAAGCCUUUGCUAGAUCUCCUCAGCUUCACAUACAUAAACGAACUCAUACUGGAGAGAAGCCGUAUGAAUGUAAGCUGUGUGGAAAAGCCUUCAAUGACCCCUCUAACCUUCACAGACAUGAAAGAACACAUACUAGAGAGAAACCCUAUGAAUGUCAACAUUGUGGGAAAGGCUUCACUACUUCAAGUUACCUUCAGAUGCAUGAACAAAUCCAUACUGGAGAGAAGCCCAAUGAAAGUCAACAUUGUGGAAAAACCCUUGAUACAUCCAGUGAACCUCACAUGCAUGGAAGAACUCACACAGAAGAGAAGCCCAAUGAAUGCCAACAAUGUGGAAAAGUCUUCAGUACUUCUUCUUCCCUUCACAGACAUGAAUGGACGCAUACUGGAGAGAAGCCCUAUCAAUGUCAACAAUGUGGAAAAGCCUACACUACUUCAUCUUACCUUCAGAUACAUGAACAAAUCCAUGCUGGAGAGAAGCCCAAUGAAUGCCAACAAUGUGGAAAAGUCUUCACUACUUCUUCUUACCUUCAGAUACAUGAACGGACACAUACUGGAGUGAAGCCCUAUGAAUGUAAGCAGUGUGGCAAAGCCUUCACUCAGUCUGCUAACCUUCGCUCCCAUGAGCAAACUCAUACUGGAGUGAAGCCCUAUGAAUGUAAGUGGUGUGGCAAAGCCUUUGCUAGAUCUUCUCAGCUUCACAUACAUGAAAGAACUCAUUCUGGAGAGAAGCCCUAUGAAUGUAAACAAUGUGGUAGAGCCUUUGCUACAUCCAGUGAGCUUCACACACAUGGAAGGAUGCAUACUGGAGAGAAGCCCUAUAAAUGUCAACAAUGUGGAAAAGACUUUGCUGCCUACUCUCAGCUUCACAGACAUGAAAGGACGCAUACUGGAGAGAGGCCCUAUGAAUGUAAACAGUGUGGAAAAGCCUUCAGUGACCCCUCUAACCUUCACAGACAUGAAAGAAUGCAUACUGGAGAGAAACCCUAUGAAUGUCAACAAUGUGGAAAAGCUUUCACUACUUCAACUCACCUUCAUAUACAUGAACAAAUCCAUACUGAAGAGAAGCCCAAUGGAAGUCAACAUUGUGGAAAAACCUUUGAUACAUCUAGUGAACCUCACAUGCAUGGAAGAACUCACACAGAAGAGAAGACCAAUGAAUGCCAACCAUGUGGGAAAGUCUUCAGUACUUCUUACCUUCAGAUACAUGAAUGGACUCAUACUAGAGAAAAGCCCUAUGAAUGUAAGCAGUGUGGCAAAACCUUUGCUAGAUCUUCUCAGCUUCACAUACAUAAACGAACUCAUACUGGAGAGAAGCCCUAUGAAUGUCAACAAUGUGGAAAAGCCUUUGCUGCCUCCUCUCACCUUCACAAACAUGAAAGGACGCAUACUGGAGAGAGGCCCUAUGAAUGUAAGCAGUGUGGGAAAGCCUUCACUGACCCCUCUAACCUUCACAGACAUGAAAGAACACAUACUAGAGAGAAACCCUAUGAAUGUCAACAUUGUGGGAAAGGCUUCACUACUUCAAGUUACCUUCAGAUGCAUGAACAAAUCCAUACUGGAGAGAAGCCCAAUGAAAGUCAACAUUGUGGAAAAACCUUUGAUACAUCCAGUGAACCUCACAUGCAUGGAAGAACUCACACAGAAGAGAAGCCCAAUGAAUGCCAACAAUGUAGGAAAGCCUUCAGUACUUCUUCUUACCUUCAGAUACAUGAACGGACACAUACUGGAGUGAAGCCCUAUGAAUGUAAGCAGUGUGGCAAAGCCUUCAUUCAGUCUGCUCACCUUCGCUCCCAUGAGCAAACUCAUACUGGAGUGAAGCCCUAUGAAUGUAAGUGGUGUGGCAAAGCCUUUGCUAGAUCUUCUCAGCUUCACAUACAUGAACGAACUCAUACUGGAGAGAAGCCCUAUGAAUGUAAACAAUGUGGUAGAGCCUUUGCUAGAUCCAGUGACCUUCACACACAUGGAAGGAUGCAUACUGGAGAAAAGCCCUAUAAAUGUCAACAAUGUGGAAAAGACUUUGCUGCCUACUCUCAGCUUCACAGACAUGAAAGGACGCAUACUGGAGAGAAGCCCUAUGAAUGUAAACAAUGUGGAAAAGCCUACACUACUUCAUCUUCCCUUGUGAUACAUGAGCGAACUCAUACUGGAGAGAAGCCCUAUGAAUGUCUACAAUGUGGGAAAGCCUACACUAAUUCCUCUUCUCUUCUGAUACAUGAACGAAGUCAUACUGGAGAGAAGACCUAUGAAUGUCAACAAUGUGAAAAAUCCUUUGCUACAUCCUCUCAGCUUCACUUACAUGAACAAACCCAUAAGGCAGAGAAAUUGUACUCUUGAACACAACUGGUAAAGUCUUCUGUUAUUACUGUUCCUCUCAUUAACAUGUUAGAAGUUUAUAGGAGAAAAAUCCUUUAAAUGUGGAAUGUGGUGGGUCAAUAUUUCUUGUCCCCUUCAAACACAAAAAAGGGCUCACUCUGCUGAAUAUUGUACUGGGGAUUGUACUGGAGAUUUGGUCUGGUGGCACUCUACCACUGAGACACAUCCCCAUUCCUUUUUGGUUUUUGAGACAGGGACUAUCUAAGUUCCUUAUGGUCUUCCUAAGGUGCUGAGGCUGGCCUCAGACUUGUGAUCCUUCAGCCUCAGCCUCCCAAGUCUCUGGGAUUAAAGGCGUACACCACCACAUGUGACUGAAUAAGUGUCUAAAUGUGAAAAAUAUGGUAAAUCAUUCCAUUUUCUCUGUUGCCUUCAAAGCCAUUUCAGUCACACUGUGAAACAAGCCCUCUGAAUUGGGGGGGGGGAUUUGCUACAUUCCAUUAGCUUCACGUCCCAGACCUACUUUUCUUCUCUUUUAUGAAAAUUUUCCCUGUUUCUUCUGGGGACUGGGAAGAUUCUUUUGGAAAGAUUUAUGCCAAAAUGAAUAAGUCCUAUGUGAGUAAGAAAUACAAAGGGCUCAGGUGUUCCAGUUUUGUUCAGUUGUAUGAAAGGACUCAGACUGUAGAAAAUCCUGUGGAUAAGCCAUGUGGGGCAGUAUGCAGCUUUCACAGUUUCCUCCAAAGACAUGAAAGGAUUCACAUCAGGGAAAACCCUACUGCUCUUUAAACGAUGUGGUAACACUUUCAAAUUUCCAGGUCUCUUGUUUUUUCAUGUCUUUAUACAUGUAGUUUGUUUUUUUUUGUUGUUGUUGUUGAUGAUGAUGAUGAUUGUUUGUUUUUGCAUUACAAUUCUUAUUACACAUAUAUACCACAGUUUUCAUAUCUUUAUAUAUAAAGUAUGUUGACACGUAAUUCGUGUCUUUAUAUAUUUACUUUGAGUAAUGAUGUCCAUCACAUUCCACCAUCCUUGCUAAUCCCCUGCCCCCUCUGUUUCCCUCCCAUCCCUGUCCCCUAUUUAGAAUUCAUCUAUUUCUCUCUCCACACCACAAUGGGUCAGCCUCCUUAUAUCAGAGAAAACAUUCAGUAUUUUUUUGGGGGGGAUUGGAUAGCUUCACUUAGCAUUAUCUUCUCCAACGCCAUCUAUUUACCUGAAAAUGCUAUGAUUUUAUUCUCUUUUAUUGCUGAGUAAAAUUUCAUUGUGUAUAUAUGCCACAUUUUUUUUUUAUUUAUUCAUCCACUGAAGGGCAUCUAGGCUGGCUCCACAGUUUAGGUAUUGUGAAUUGCACUGCUAUAAACAUUGAUUUGGCUGUGUCAUUGUAGUAUGCUGUUUUUAAGCCCUUUAGGUAUAGUCCGAAGAGAGGGAUAGCUGGGUCAAAUGGUGGUUCCAUUUCUAGAUUUCCAAGGAAUGUCCAUACUGUCUGUACCAAUUUGCAGUCCCAUCAGCCGUGUAGGAGUGUACCGUUUUCCCCACAUCCUACCAACACUUAUUGUUGUUUCUCUUCAUAAUAGCUGCCAUUCUGACUGGAGUGAGAUGAUAUCUUAGCAUAGUUUUGAUUCGCAUUUCUCUGAUUGAUAGAAAUGAUGAGCAUUUUUUCAUAUAUUUGUUGAUUGAUUGUAUAUCUUCUUUUGAGAAGUGUCUCACAGGUCUUUUUUGUGACCACUCAUCUGACUUGAGCCCCCAGUAUGGUAUCAUCUCCCUCUCUCACCUAGAGAUUUCCCAGAUCCUGAUCUCUCAGUUGUGUCCCAGAUUGUAGUCCCCUUCCCUCUCUUAUUUAUCAGGUCCCACCUGCAGGGCCUCUCAGCCCCAGCUCACUCCAGGUGGGCGGCGCACUGCACUCCUGUCCACCUGAGAGCUGAUCUUGUAUUGGGAGGCCACUGUGACCAUUAUCACCGCUGGGGGGUGGCUGGAAAUCAGGUACCUGCUGAGAUGGCAAUUCCAUCUGUGAGCUAUGUCCCCCAUAAAAUGGCGAGGAAGGUGAUUCAAGAUGGAGUCGCUCUGCUUCCAGAACCCGGGUGUCCAGUGAGGCGGGGGAGCUGGCCGAUGGCCUUGUGCUGUGGACAGGUAGCAGCCGAGUGAGCUGCGUGGGAGCAGCGCAGCCUGGAGCUCUGCAGAGGGGCUGAGGUGCUUCUGCUGAGCCGCUGGAGAGCCGCGUGUGGGCUCGAACCCGGGCCCUGGCUCCAGAGGCCGAAGACUCCCUGGAGCCCAGGGGCUCUGGUUUCUGCGCGGGUGGUCACAGCGCCGGUGAUUUCUGUGAAAACCCACGGCUUAGGGGGCUUCUCCCUCUCUCUGAGAUGCGGUGUUCCGUCUAGGCGAGACCUUGUGGAGAAGCAGCCUGCCUACUUCCUGGGCUUCACCAGGGAGCAGCAGAAGCAGCACCUCCUCUAGCCCCACCUUCCGUCUCCAGGCCUCCGACCAGUGGGAAGGAUCGCCCUGGAGGAAAGCGCCAGAGAAGAAAUGUGGUGAGACUUCAGUUGACUCACAUUCACUUAGACUUGCUCAGACCUAAGGAAAUUUUUUUUGAAUAAUAAUAAUAAUUAUUAUUAUUAUAAUUAUAUAAUUAAUAAUAAUUAUAAUAAUAAUAUUUAUAAUAUUAUAAUAUUUGCAAUAAUUAUAAUAAUAAAUAUAUAAUUAUAAUAAUUAUUAUUAUUGUUGUUGUUAUUAUAUUAUUAUUAUUUUUACUACUACUUAACCUAAAGGUGCUUAACCACCAAGCCACAUCCCAGUCCUUUUUAAUUUUUUUUUUUUCAAUUUUGAGACAUGGUCUCACUAGUCAUGGUGCUAAGUUGCUGAGGCUGGCCUUGAACCUGUGAUCCCGCUGCCUCAGCCUGAUAUGGUCCUGCACUGUCCUCAGCCAGCAACCUCUUUUUUGAGAAAACCACUGUCACUGAGGGGAAAGUGUGUGUGCCUUCAUUCCUCCUGUGUCUCUUCAGAGGUCAUAAAAAUGCAGCCUGCAGUGGAUGUAGGGAUUGUUUCAGCAUGAAGAUGUGAAAGUAGCAUGUUUUUCUGAGUUGAAUCUCUCUUAUUGUUAGAUUCAAUUUUUCUGUAUUUUAAGUUUUCUGCAUCUGUAGUCAACUCAUAUAUUAUGACAUAAUCUUAUAUAUACUGUGCAUGUAUGUGUGUAUGAAAAAGUUAGUUGUGUUAACUUUCAGUCACAACAUUUUAAUUCUUUUUUAGAGUUUUUCUCUCUCUCCUUCCAUUAAGUACAUUUUCUCUUAUAUUGUCCAUUUUUUUUUCCACUAAAGGCUUUAUCAAAUAAAUGGUAUUUUAAAA